AUCUACUUCCGCUUCACUCUUGGGCGAGUGUCGACCUGCACUUAUAACCUUUAUAGACUAAACUAUAACCUUCAGAGCUCAAAACAACUCGAAGCUCUCAUCUUAAUAGUCUAGGUCGUGUUUAAGGCACUAUAUCGCGUCGUGAUCGAGAAUAUGUCUUUGAGUUUGAUCAGAAGAACGACUACGGUUGGUCUACUCGGCGCGCACACGGCGCUCGUGCCCGCGCCCGCACUUAAAGCGCGGGCCGAGGACGAGCUCGACGGGUACGCGGAUGAAACCGACGCCGCGAUGAAGCCGUUAAGACCGGGAACGAAUGGCCUGAAGGGACUCCAGCUGGACGGACGCUUUGUUUCCGCGGCGGACGGAUCUCUACCGAACACACCGGACCCGCAGGAACUCGGUUCCGAGCUGGACCGAGACACAAGACAGCUUCUGUUGGAUUUCUAUCGCACGUACACGGGAAUGUGUCCGCGGGACCGGAAGCAGCAUCACGCGUUACCGACAAUGAAUCGCGUUGUCGCGGGCGUUCUCUUAAAGCACGAGAUCACGUAUAAAGGUAUGGUGCAGCGUCUGCAGCUGGACUCUCAAGAGGAUGACAUGAGCGUCAUCAGCUCUAUAGCAAAGUCAAUGUUCAAAGACAACACGACGAACUGGGGCCGUAUUGUGAGUCUGGUGGCCUUCGGGGCGGCGGUGUGCUCGCGUCUGAAGGAGCUGCAGAGAGAGCGGUGCAUCGAGGUCGUGGCCGAUCAGAUCUCCUGCUAUCUGAUCUCAGAACAGCACGACUGGCUCCUCAACAACAAGAGCUGGCUUGGAUUCGUGGAGUUUUUCCGCGAGGAGGACGUGGAGUCUGUGAUUCGUAAUGCUUUGAUGGCUGUGGUGGGAUGCGCUGGGAUCGGCGCAGGUCUCGCUCUCCUGAUCCGGUGAAUCCAGUACCGUAUCGUAUCGCUCUUGUGACUGCCGCAGAUGCUGAAGCGUGCAUUAGCAUGUUGUCUGGUGUCUAACUCCUGCUGCACGCCGCUGGACUUGACUUUCAGCCCCACGUGGGCCAUCCCAGCAUGCACCAGCACAAAGACUGGGCUCGCCGUGACCCAGCGAGCAGCAAGAUUAUAUUCUGACCGGUUUUUUAAUAAAAAAGCGUUCAGAAAUGCA